GACAGGUUUAGUGUUAAAUAAGUAAGGAGCAGGUUGUUUUCUGAGCUUCAGUCAUGGAGGACAGAUCAGUUCACCAGAGAAGGUUUGAAGCUGCUGUUAAAGUGAUGAGGACUUUACCUGCUGAUGGUGUCUUUGUGCCUUCUGAGGACAUGUUGAUAAGGUUUAAGACGUACCACAGACAGGCCACAGUGGGAGUGUGUAAGAGUAGUGAAGCCUGUGGCCGGGACACUCUGAGUAAAGCCGAGUGGGAGGCCUGGAAAGCGUUAGGUGACAUGUCUAAGGAAGAAGCCAUGAAGGCAUACGUUGAGGAGAUUCUGCUGAUUUUGGAGAUGAUUCCCGUGACGGAGGAGGUGUCCAACCUGCUGGAUGUUCUCGAACCGUUUUACGAAGUGGUGGAGGAUGAGGAUAAGGAGGAGGGUGAUGUUAAUGUUCUCAGAUUCACAUCUCAGUUUUGUCUUUUUUGUGAAACAGGAAGCAGUGACGAGUAUAGAGGAAGUUCAGCAGGAGAUGUAGAUGAUGAUGUGGAGGAGGAUGAUGAUGAUGAUGCUGAAGAUGUGACGAGGCUAACGGGGGCUAACAGAACUGAAAGAGGAGGAACUCCGGUGUGUAACGGAAGGGUCUCCUCUCUCACCGUAAGCCCACACAGCUCCUUAAACACAGAUGAGGAAGAGGAGGAGCCGGAGCACACCCCCGCGAUGAGACAAGAGAUGAGACGAGACUCUCCAGCUCACGUUCCUCAACUCCUCGCUGAUGAUUGCUUUACAGAUGGCGGUGAUGUCAGUGAGCAGUCGUGUGACGAGUCUGUGAGUGAGGUGUGCAGUGACUCAGUGAGAGCUGAAGAGGGUUCAGGAGGCCUCAGAGCAGCUGCAGCUCCAGCCAAAAGGCCGCAGGGUCGAGGGGGAAACACAAAGGAAGAGGGUGUGAGUCAGGAUGGAAAUCCACAGGGAGCAGCACUUCCCCCCCUCCACACAGCGGCACAUGGACCGCUCCGAUCUGUCAUCCUGUCAGCAGGGAGAGGAAGAGGCGAGGGAUUCCGCCAUUUAUCAGGGUGUAAGGUGUCAGGAGAGUCUGCCACGUGUCUCAGUGACGUAGCGACGGUGUUAAAUGGCGGGAAAGCCGGACAGGGCAUGGUGACGGGUCAGCUGAACACACAGAUCGUCGUGGCGUUGUCACGGCUACAGGACGACAUGCGGAGCGUGUUAGCGAGUCUGAGUACGCUGGAGACUCGAGCCUUGUCGCAGGUGGAAAGGCUCGCUCUCCGCUCCGCUCCUCACACACCUCAGCACCUUCGUAAGUGUCCCUGGACUGUAUCCCCAAUCUCUGUGGCGUUUCUCCUGCUCUGGCCGUUCGUAGCUCACUACUUAGCGUGGCUUUACCUGCAGAAGAAAAGGUUUGUAAAGCACAUAAGUAUCCAUCCAUUCAUUAUCUAUACCCGCUUUAUUCCUAAUUAUGGUCACGGGGAUCUGCUGGAGCCUAUCCCAGCACACACUGGGUGAAAGGCAGGGGUCCACCCUGGACAGGUCACCAGUCCAUCACAGGACCACACAUAUAGACACACACUCACUCCUAUGGGCAAUUUAGAAUGACCAAUCAACCUAAUGUACAUGUUUCUGGACUGUGGGAGGAAACCGGAGUAAACCCACGCAGGAACGGGGACAACAUGCAAACUCCACACAGAAAGAAGUGCCUGUUCGAACCCAGGACCUUCUUGCUGUGAGGCAACAGUGCUGACCACUAAGUACCGUGCUGCCCCUUCACAAGUAGAUUUAUAGAAUUUAGAGAACUUUUUUGAGUGUUGGGAGACUGGAAUUGUGGAAUUGUUUGUGCUGAAAUGGAGUGAAGGCUAAUGUGAAGUGUACGCUCGAGUGCUCGCUUUCUCACUUUUCAGGAAGACGAGGCUAUAAACAACGUGGAUGGACCAGAACUCUAUGAACGUCUGUGAAGGAGCGACUAUGAACAUCACCAAGACUGCCCCAAGACCGAGUCCUGAUUAUAACGUGAUGAGUCGAUUUCAUCGCCUCCUCAUCACUGUGCUGAGGAAAAACCAUCAUUAAACCCUCAAUACCCUUCAUAUAAAAUAGCUUUACUAGGAUAUGGAAUUAAAAAUCAUGAAUUUAAAAAACGUGUUAAAGAUGAUCAGAACUCGGAUGCUGUACAUUGUUUUGUAACUUAAAUUAUGUACAAUUAUUUAGUAACGUUUUGUGUUCAUUUCUGAAAGCAAUUAACAAUUUCUAAAUAUAACACAAGUAUUAAUACACGUAAUAUUUGGAAUAUUUAACCCUUUGUUUGCCACGCUACAGCCGACUUUUGUGUAGCGGCUAAUUCCCUUUUGCUAGCUAGUGAAGCAAGGUAGCUAAAUAUCACGCUAGCACGUUAGCUUGUAGGAAACUGCUGAAUGUAGUUUACCUCAGGUUUUCUGAACGCAUUCUUUAUUUAUUUAUGGAGUGUGGAGAAUU